AUGGCGUCUGCUGAUCUGAGAGCUGAGCUGGAAUGUUCUAUCUGUCUGCACAUUUACACAGAUCCCGUAACUCUGAGAUGUGGACACAACUACUGCCGGGUGUGUAUUGAUCGUUUUCUGGAUACACUGGAGGGGUCCGGAGGUUAUUCAUGUCCGGAAUGCAGAGAGAGGUUUAAGGCUCGGCCUGCACUGCAGAGGAACAUAAAAUUGCGUAACAUAGUGGAGAAUUUCCUGUCCGCUCAGCCAGAUCUGGAGGAGUCCCGGGUCUUUUGUACUUAUUGUGUGGACUCUCCUGUACCUGCUGUUAAGUCCUGUCUGCUGUGUGAAGCUUCUCUGUGUGAUAAACACCUAAAAGUUCACAAUAAGUCACCAGAACACGUCUUAUGUGACCUCACCACUUCCCUGGAGAACAGGAAAUGCUCCAUCCAUAAGGAAACCUUUAAAUAUUACUGCAAUGAGGACUCCACCUGUAUCUGUGUGUCCUGCUGUCUGAUCGGAGAACACAAAGGACAUGAGAUGGUGUCACUAGAGGAGGCCUCUGCGAAAAGAAAGAAAAAAUUUAAAAAUGUUCUACAGAAAAUGAUAACGGAAAGAGAGAAGACGGAGAAAAAAGUCUGGAGUUUCAGGGAACACGGGAGAAAAGUGCAAGAACAAGCAGAUGGGGAAACUAGGAGAGCCACUGCCCUGUUCAUAGAGCUGAGGAGACAUCUGGAAGAUCUGGAGAAGAGAGUUCUGAGUGAGAUAUCCGGGCAGAAAGCGCAGAUCUCAUCAUCCCUGUCUGAUCUAAUUCAACUGCUGGAAACAAAGAAGGACGAGCUGUCCAGGAAGAUGCGUCACAUUGAGGAGCUGUGUAACAUGACGGAUCCAUUGACUGUCCUACAGAAAUCGGGCACAGAUGACUUGUGUGAUACUGAGGAGGAAGAUAAUGAAUUCAUCGCCAGGGAGAUUAAAGGUCCGUCCCGUCUUUUCUCCCACAAACAAAAAGAGACAGCUGAGCCAGACGCCUCCACGCCACCAACUACCGGAAACGCCGCCGCGAGGCUGCAUGCUGGUGUCGGUGGCUCACGUGGGCGCUAUAACGGCAUCCAGCGCGGCGACGUAUUUAUGACGUCAUCGCACUGUCCGUGGAGUCCCAGCCAAUCAGUAAUGGUUUACAGCCAGUCAGCGAUGGUUUGCUGA